AACCUAUUUUACCGUAUGAAUAAGCCGAAACGUUGUAUGCAUAAAUAAAAUAUAAUAUUCAUUACAAUUAUAAGAAUUUAGUUUUUAAUUGUAUUGGCUGGCAGUGUAUGUAUUUGUAUUUAGAUCAUGUGUACCUAUGAGUAUAGUACUAGUAUCACUGUUCUUGAUACGAUGAAAUUACCAUUUUAUGAAAAAAAAAAUCGAAUUACUUUAGAUAAGAUACACAUUGAAAAUAGAAAUUUGUUUGAAAAUGUUGAACGCCAUCAAUCUAACAUGACUAGAAAUCAGAUAAUAAACAAAAAUAAAUUACAAGUUAAAUUCGAUCAGAGGGAUAAACAUUAUGCUCGAAAUCAGAGAUUUUUAAUUUGGCAACGAAAUAAAUGUUUAAGACGAAAUGCUCAAAUGUUUGAAGAUAUUGAUAAAAAUAAAUCCAGUGGAUAUUCUUCUUACUUAAAAGAUAGCGAAAUCAUAAUAAAACCACCCAGUAUUAAAACUUUGAUCAAAACCAACAAAAUAAAUUCACAAAUCGCACAAAAUAAGUUUUCGAUAAGUUUUCCACGAGUAUCGACAAAUGAAAAUUGUCAAGGCCUACAUUUAAAAUUUCAAAAAACAUUGGUGAAUGACAAAAUUACGAGUAAACUUUUAGAAAUAAUUGAAACGCCGACGGACAUCCAAUGUAGUGAUGAAAAAGAUUACGAACCGUUAAAUAAACAAUUUUACGAUUCAAAAUACUAUGAUAAAUAUAUGAGUACGAAAAACAAUGUCGAAUGUACACUAAUUAAUGAUAAAGAUCUGAGUUUUAAACCCAAAAUACUUCAUUUAAAACCACAACAUACACACCAAGUUCUCAAAGAAAAUCGUAAGAAAUAUCGAAUUGACGAUGAAGACAUUUUUUCUGAAUUAGACAAAAGCGUAACAUUGUUCCAAAGACUAUUACGAGGAAGGGCUUAUCAGAUUAUGAUGAUUAUGGCAAAAAUCAGGUACCAACCAAUUUUACACUCAGACGAAGCACCAGAAACACUUGAAACAUCAAAAGAAAUUAAAGAAAUUACCUGUGCUGAUGUAUUAGAAUAUUCCAAAAAAAAACAUAUCAGUAGAUUUUUCGAUAUGCUUUCCAAAGAAUCAAUUCAUAUCAAGUAUAGUGAAAAUAAAAACAAAAUGUUAAUUCAACAAGGAAAUUUAAGUAGAAUUGCGAAUGAAAUGGUAGAAAGGAAAAGAAGACAAAUAGAAAUAACAGGACGCCUUGAACAAGAUGAAAUAUUAAAACAAGUACUAAAAAUUCAUGAAGAUGUAAGUAUUCUUUUCUGUGAAAAAUUAAUGGAAGAAGCAAUUAAACAGUCUGCAAAAGAGGAAUCAUUAAAAGCGAUGAUGAAGUCAUGCAAAACUAAGUUUUAUAAUAUUGAGAGUGAAAAAAAUAUUGAAAAAGAAUUAGUUUCCAAUUUCAUUAUACCAGAAGCACACAAAGUUAUAAUGCGAGAAAGUCAAAGUCUAAAUUCUAAUUAUCACUAAUACAAUGUCCAAUUACAACAACUCCCGAGAAUUUUGAACAGUAGGUAAAUUAUGAAUUUAUCAAAUAAUCCUAUCAACCGAUGAAUAUUAUUUAUUGUAUUUAAAUGUUUAUUACUUGUGUUUAUAGUAUGUGCAUUUAGAUCAAAGCUGAAAAUAAUAAAAAAAAAUGUAACAAAAA